UUCUAAAAUUUUAAUUUCAAAAAUGAGUGAUGAAAUAAAUUUGAAAUGGCUUAGUUGGAAUGCCCACCGACCAUGUAUUUUACUUAAAUUCGAUCAUCUUCAUAUUUUAUUGGAUUGUAUUGUUGGAAUGGAUUCAUUAACUUCUUUUUUGCCGUGUCCACUUGUUCGUAGUAAUCGAAUUUCUUGGCAAAAGAAAGUACAUCCAUAUGGAAAAGAUGUUAUUCCGAUACUUAAACAAAUUAAUGAUUUAGUUUAUGUUGAAUUGACACCAGAAAUGAGGACUGUUAAAUUUAAAGAUGUUGAUCCUUCCUCUUUAGAUGCCAUUUUAAUAUCUAAUAGUUCAAGUUUUAUAGCACUUCCUUUUAUUACAGAGGGGACUGGCUUUAAAGGUGUUGUUUAUGCUACAGAACCAAUUGUUCAACUUAGCAAACUUUUAAUGGAAGAUUUGUGUGAUAUUUUUGAACAAAUUGACAGACCUUUAAUUGAUGAAUGGUCCUGGAAAAAUAUAUCAAAUUCUUUCCCCAAUCCUCCAAAUAGCGAUCCAAAUUUUUGGAAAUCUUUUUAUAAAAGAAUUGAUAUAGAAAAUUGUAUGAAGAGAGUUAAACUUUUAUUUUUUCGACAAGAAAUUGCUUUAAGUGAAGAUCUUCGAAUAACCCCUUAUAGUAGUGGACAUUCUAUCGGUUCUUGUAAUUGGCUAUUAUCUACAAAUCAACAUAAAAUUGGGUAUUUUGCUGCUUCUUCACUCCGCCCUUCCCAUCCAAAACCAAUGGAAUUAAAUUCUUUUAACAAUCUUGAUGCAUUAAUUCUUACUUCAAUUCACACAAAUGAUCAAAGUCCGGAUAUAACGGUAUAUAAAUUCACUUCAGCUGUUGUAGAAACUCUCAAAAUUGGUGGAAAUGUUCUUAUUCCAGUUAUUUCGACUGGACUUAUUUAUGAUUUAUUUGAAAUAAUUGUUAAAGCAAUUGAAGUGAAUAAUCUUUCUCGAAAUAUUCCUGUUUAUUUCAUUUCUUCAAUUGCUGAAAGUAGUUUAGAAUUUGCAAAUAUUUUUUCUGAAUGGCUUUCUGACGAUAAAGGGGCGAGAGUUUAUAAACCAGAAGAACCAUUUUAUCAUUCUGAGAUGCUUCGUAACCGUCGUAUUCGUGUUUAUGAUUCUUUACAUGGCCCUUUCUCUAAAGAAUGUCGACAACCAUCCAUUGUAUUUGCUGGACAUCCGUCAUUGCGAUUUGGGGAAAUUGUUCAUUUAUUAGAUCUUUGGGGAGGAAAUUCUAAAAAUGCAAUAAUGAUGAUAGACCCCGAUUAUCCUUUGGAGACUUAUUAUUCUCCUUACAAAACUUUGGCAAUUCGUGCCUAUUACUUUCCAAUAGAAACUCGUCUAGAUUGUAAUCAAGUUUUUAAUAAGAUAAUCAAAGAUCUGUCACCCAAACAAGUUUUAUAUCCGGAGGAAUAUUCCUCCUCUUUCUCAACUUUAAAUGCACUUCCAAUUCCAACUAUUUGUUUUAAACAAAAUGAGGAAUUUAAAUUAAAAAUAAUUUCAAAUACCCAAACAAAACAAAUUUUAUUAAAAAGAAAAGAAAAUGAAGAUUUGCCAACUUGUAUUCCAUGGAAAAGGGUUAAAGUUGAUUAUGAAGUUUUAAAACAUUUAAAAUUAAAACAAAAGUUUGAUGGGUUAUGUCCAAUAAAAGGACAUAUUUCUGCAACAAAUAAUCAAUUGGAAUUUAAUGUAAAAUUAAUUUUUUUAAAUAAUUUUAAUUUUUUUAAAAAGUUUAAUUCUAAAACAAACAAAAAUGAAAAGAAAAUUUCAAAACAAAAAUUUAUUGGACGUUUAAAUGUUGCAACGUUUAAAGAAUUAUUAGAAAAGCGUGAAUUUCAAUGUGAAUUAAUUCAGAAAAAUUAUUCUGCUCGUAUUCGAAUAAUUCAAGGAGGUCGCCGAACUUUAAUAAAUUGUUCAGAUGAAAUAAAAAGGAAAGAAAUUCAAUUAGCUGUUCAUGAAUGUUUAACUAAAUUUGUUAGUCCUGAAUUAAUUAAUGAAACAAACAACAAAAUAUAA